GAACACCGAAUCCGUCGAUCGGCAUGGACCAGAACCCGUGCCAGAUCCAGUCAGGGCCCGAGACGAAUGAACCAUCAACCCCGCUCAUUCUCUUCCAUGAUGCGGGAGGCACGGUCUUCCCGUAUUUUUGCCUCGGAGACCUGCAUAGGCCGGUUUACGGCGUCGGAAACUCCCGCUUCGAACAGGGAGGCAAAUGGGGCCAUGGCAUUCGCGAGAUGGGUGUUGUUUAUACACACAUGCUCAGGUCGGUCAUUGGGUCGGGAAACGUCAUUUUGGGAGGGUGGUCGCUCGGUGGCUGUGUGGCUUUAGAAGUUGCCUCCCGACUGAUGCAACUCCCCCAAUACACGGUGCGUGGAGUGAUCAUGAUUGACAGCGUCUUCCCGACUCCGACAGUCACAGAUCACUAUCCACGGACGAUUGCCGAGGUUGGUUCCAGCUUUCAGCUGCCGAACCAGAUGUCCGAGACCCGGCGGACCCAAGCACAGCACUGCAUCCUGCACGCCCAUGAUAUGCAGCGUGACUGGCGACCUCCGCGGUUUGCAUCGGGACCGCCCCCGACAGUGCUCAUGCGGGCGGCUGAUCCAGUGCAUAUUGAACCCGAGAAAGCCCCUCACUAUAUCGACCUGGUGAGAGGUUCAUCGUAUCUGGGGUGGGAAGAGUACGACACCAGCUUCAUCCAAGCAUGUUUGGGUAUUCCGGGAAAUCAUUUUACCCUAUUCGAUGACGCCCAUAGCGACCGAGCAACAACUCAAAUCCGGAAGGCAUGUGCGAUGCUGGUUCCUUCACAAUGAUAGAUCCUUAAUAUGGUCAAGUGGUUCAAGUGGUUGGGUAGAUCGGCAGUGGAUUCCCAAUAGAUCGAGCGUGCCGCCGAUCUCCCGCCAAUAACUAGGUCCGUGAAGAAGGCGGGCCGGCUCAGAUAGGGUACCAAAUCUACCAAUAGCACAUCGAGUAUUGAACAUGGGGCCUAUGUUAUCAAGUGGGU